AUGAAGCCAGAAGCAUUACCCAGGAAUCUUCAUUCAUCAGCUGUAAUGGUAGUAUCUGGCAUGCAGCAGAGACAAAUUGUGUUGUCUGUUGGCAAAGACAAGAGAAUUUUGGGCUACGAUGCUCAUGUUGGAAGACAAGAUUUCAUGCAGCAAGUUGAUAGUAAAUGUAUGAGUGUCCUGCCAAAUCCGCAUGACUUCAAUUUAUUCAUGGUUCAAACGGGGACCCCUGAGAGGCAGCUUCGAUUGUUUGAUAUUAGAUCAAAACGGACAGAACUUCAUGGCUUAGGAUGGAAGCAAGAAAGCAGCGAGUCUCAGUCAGCUCUGAUAAAUCAGGCUUGGUCUCCAAAUGGAGUGUACAUAUCAUCUGGUUCAGCUGAUCCUAUGAUUCACAUAUUUGACAUAAGAUAUAAUGCUCACAAGCCUUCCAAUCUAUACAAGCUCAUCAGAAACGAGUCUUCAGAGCCAUAUGGAUUCGCUCUGUUCCCUUUCUCAUUUCCAUAUCAUCUGAUCUCAACAUUGGGUUACACAAGAUUUCUUUCAGAGUCACCUACUACACGUUUACUUCAGCCCAUGGGCAACUGCUGCUCCGACAUCGCCGGCGGCAGAACGGCCGUCGGUGGCACCGCUUCCGGCCAACUCAAUCCGGCCAACGGUCCUAACGAAGCCGUCGAUAAUUUCCUCAGGUCUCGCGGUUAUAACGGCCUCUUCUCUCAGAUCGAGCUGUCGUUUUCUGCUACUGGCUUGCGUGAUCGGGAUAUAAUCUCCAAGAGUGAUCCAAUGUUGGUUCUUUAUGAAAGAGGAAAAAAUGGAGCACUCAAGGAAGUUGGCCGGACAGAAGUAAUUCUGAAUUCACUAAAUCCUACAUGGAUUACUAAGCACACUCUCACUUAUCAAUUUGAGGCUGUUCAGGAUUUAGUGUUUCGUGUGUACGAUGUUGAUACUCAGUUUCACAAUGCAGAUGUAAAGAUACUAAAGCUAGAAGAGCAGGAAUAUCUAGGUGAGGCAACCUGUGCAUUAUCUGAGUCCCGAAACUGUGGAAAGCUCUUGGUGCAUGCUGAGGAAUGUGUUAGCUCAAAGACAACAGUAGAGAUGACACUCAGGUGUUCUGAUUUGGAAUAUAGGGAUCUUUUCUCAAAAAGUGAUCCCUUUUUAUUGAUAUCAAAAGUUGUGGAAGGUGGUAGUCAUAUUCCAAUUUGCAAAACAGAAGUUAUAAAGAAUGAUCACAACCCAAUAUGGAAACCAGUAUUCUUGAAUAUUCAACAAAUAGGAAGCAAGGAAAAUCCUAUGAUAAUGGAGUGCUAUAAUUUUAAUAGCAAUGGCAAACAUGAUUUGAUGGGAAAAGUGCAGAAAUCUUUGAUGGAGCUGGAGAAGCUUUUUUCUAGUGGCCAAGGAGUAAAUUUUUUUUUAUCUUCUGCUGGGGGUCAUAAUUCUCAUAACAAGGUGUUAAAGAGCCGGUUAUUUGUGGACAAAUAUGUUGAAAGUGUCCAACAUUCUUUCUUGGAUUACUUGGCUGGGGGGUUUGAAUUGAACUUCAUGGUGGCAGUUGAUUUUACAGCUUCGAAUGGAAAUCCACGCCUUCCAGAUUCUUUGCAUUAUAAUGAUCCUUCAGGACGGCCAAAUGCAUAUCAGAGGGCAAUUUUAGAGGUAGGGGAGGUCUUACAGUAUUAUGAUUCAGACAAGCGAUUUCCUACAUGGGGAUUUGGAGCGCGACCAAUUGAUGGCCCUGUGUCCCACUGUUUCAACUUGAAUGGAAGCAGCCAUUACUGUGAGGUGGAAGGCAUCCAAGGAAUCAUGAAGGCAUACACUAGUGCCCUGCUUAACGUUUCUCUUGCAGGACCAACUCUUUUUGGACCCGUCAUAAGCAAUGCUGCACUGAUAGCAAGCCAAUCUUCAGCAAAUGGCGACAGAAAGUACUUUGUUUUGUUAAUAAUCACAGACGGAGUAGUGACAGAUCUCCAAGAAACAAAAGAUGCCCUCGUUAAGGCAUCGGAUCUACCGUUAUCAAUCCUUAUUGUUGGUGUUGGAGGAGCUGAUUUCAAAGAAAUGGAGAUUUUAGAUGCCGACAAAGGAGAGAAGCUUGAAAGUUCUUCUGGUCGCGUUGCUUCCCGUGAUAUAGUCCAAUUUGUUCCAUUUCGUGACGUUCAAAGUGGAGAAAUUUCAGUAGUUCAAGCACUUCUGGCUGAAUUACCUACUCAAUUUUUAACUUACAUGCGGAGCAGAAGUAUCCAACCGAGUGUCUAG